AUGCAAGCCAGACUCUAUGCUAACAGCACGAGCACACCAAACACAGGUGGUUCGGUCGCCAAACUCCUCCUGCAGUACCCGGCCGAGUACGCCGUGCGGGCACUCACGCGGAACCCGGACUCGGAAGCAGCGAGGAAGCUCUCGGCGUUGGGCGCGCACGUUGUCCAGGGUGAUUUGACGGAUCCUUCGACCUUGGGGGUUGCGUUCCAGGAUUGUUGGGGCGCGUUUGUGGUGACCAAUUUUUACGAUGCGAAAAUCCAAAACGACCCCUCGAGCGAAGAACAGCAGGGCCGCAACGCUGCUUUGGCGGCCCAACGCGCGGGUAUCUCGUGCUUCAUCUGGUCGACGCUGCCUUCGUCGGUCGCCAUCUCGGGCGGCGAAGUCAGCUGCGAGAUCUACGAGGGGAAGUACCGCGUCGAUGGAUUCAUUCGGGACGAGCUGAAGCUCGAGUCCGCCGUGUUUGUGUACACGGGGAAUUUCUACGAGAAUAUGGUGCUGCGAGGGCAUGUUGUGAAAACGGAGGACGGAAAGGGGAUCGAGUUUCGACAGCCCGUGAUCCAGGAGACCACAAAGCUGCAUAUGGUAUGGGUGGAGAAAGAUCUCGCCGGCGUUGUAAAUGCAGUCUUUGACAAUUGGGACCAACGCAAGGAGGAGAUGCGUCAUCGAUAUCUCUAUGCAAUGGACGCGGUCCACACCCCGCAUGAAAUCUGUGAUGUGAUACAACGAGUCACGGGUCUGCCUACGAAAUAUGUCGUUCUGGCCACUACUGGCAACGCAGAGAGGGACAUCAUGUUCAAUCUGUACAACAAGACAGGAACUUACCCCAGAGUAGUUCUCCCGGACAACCACGUGCUGGACCUGGGAGUGAAACUGCAUAGCUUGGAGGAAUUUGUGAAGGAGAGGCUGGUUCCGCAUUUGGGUCUCGCCUGA